GCCACUGUAAUGGAUUGACAAGUGAGCUUUAUCUACAGUGUGUCACUCUGAGGCUUCUGCAGAAAAGACAAAGAGCCGGAGCCUGAUCAGCAGCCUGACGAACACAAGGAUGGUGCAGAAGUCGGUGGUGGUGGGGCUGCUGGUGCUGCUGCUGGCUGCAGUGGGAACAUUUGUGGGCGUUUUUUUCGGCGUUAGGGAGAAACAACCCACCACUUCUCCCGAUGGUUCGUAUACACGGGCGGCAGUGGCAGCAGAUGCUGGACGAUGCUCUGAGAUCGGCAGGGAUAUCCUGCAGAGGGGGGGUUCUGCUGUAGAUGGAAUGAUAGCGGGGCUGCUGUGUGUGGGGCUGAUGAACCCUCACAGUAUGGGCAUCGGUGGCGGCCUGUUCCUCAACAUCUACAACUCCAGCACAGGCCGAGUGGAAACCAUCGAUGCUCGCGAGACGGCCCCCUCAAACGCCACUCAGGACAUGUUUGGAAACAGCACAGAGCUUUCUCGGAAAGGUGGUCUGUCCAUCGCUGUUCCUGGAGAGAUCCGAGGUUAUGAACUGGCUCAUCGGCGUCAUGGUAAGCUGCCCUGGAGAGAGCUGUUCCUGCCCAGUAUAAAGCUGGCACGCGAGGGCUUCCCGGUGGGCAGGGCACUGGCACAAGCCAUCUACAGCAACCGAAACACCAUCAUCAGCGACAAGACCCUGUGCUCUGUGUUCUGUGAUGAAAGUGGAGACAUCCUGCAGGAAAACGACACCAUCACCUUCACCAAACUGGCCGAUACAUACCAAGAGAUUGCAGACAAAGGGCCUGACGCCUUCUACAACGGCUCCAUCGCUCAGAACCUCGUCAACGACAUCAGGGAUGCAGGUGGGAUAAUAACUCUGGAGGAUCUGCUGAAUUACACUCCUGUACUGAAUGAAAGCCCUCUACAGGCAUCGGUGGGCGAUUUCACCAUGUUUGUGCCCAAUGCACCAUCCGGCGGCCCCGUACUCACCCUCAUACUCAACAUACUCAGCGGUUACGGCUUCUCAGCAGAGAGCGUCUCCAGCACCGAGAAGAAGAUCCUCACCUACCAUCGCAUAGUGGAGGCUUUCAGAUUCGCAUACGCCAAGAGGAGCGUUCUGGGAGACCCCAAAUUCCUCAACAUCGAUGAGUUCAUCCAGAACAUCACCUCAAAGAGCUAUGCCGAUGGCAUCCGACAGAAAAUCACAGACGACUCCACGCAGCAGGAGAGUUAUUAUGAGCCGGAGUAUUACAUUGCAGAUGAUCACGGCACCUCGCAUCUUUCUGUAGUGGCGGAGGAUGGCAGCGCGGUGGCUGCCUCUAGCACCAUCAAUCAUUACUUCGGCUCCAAGGUCAUGUCCCCCUCCACGGGCAUCCUGCUUAACAAUGAGAUGGAUGACUUCAGCUCCCCUCUGAUCACCAAUGGCUUUGGAGUUCCUCCUUCACCAAACAACUUCAUUGAACCCCAUAAGAGACCCCUGUCCUCGAUGUGUCCUGCUAUCCUCUUUAAUAAAAACAACAAAGUCGAAAUGGUGGUGGGUGGCUCAGGUGGGACACAGAUCACAACGUCAGUUGCUGUGGUGAUCCUGAACUCUCUUUUCUUCAACUAUGAUCUGAAAAAAGCAGUGGUGGAACCCAGAAUCCACAAUCAGCUCAGCCCAAACGUCACUGUGCUGGAGCCUGGCUUCGAUACGGCUGUGUCAGACGGUCUGGCUCAGAAAAACCACAUCAUUGAGCAGCUAACAUCGUCUGGCGCCGUAGUCCAGGCCAUACGAAGACAGGGAGAGCUCCUGGAGGCCCAGUCUGACCCCCGAAAGGGAGGUUACGCUGCAGGGUACUGACUGAACCACUGGCCAACGUCUAUGACCAACAGGUCUGCAAAGUCACCAAGCAAGCUCCUCUACCAGAUCCAUAAGCUUCAGACAGAGAUCCGCACCCUCACUCGGACCGAAGGACAAAACAGAGGAGCAACUGUCACUUCACUGAUGAUCCACUCUAUUCCAGCCCUUUUGUUCCACAUGCACUGACCGAAACACACUGCACUUUAGUUCUUCAGCGCUGGAUAUAGCCGGCCAAUCACCGGACACAAAAGACCCUCCCAAAUUUGUGGUGUUGUGUACAUGUGUCACACUAAACGCACACUAAACACAUCCUUCUCUUAAUACCACACGGCAGCACUAUUAACCAAAAAAAUGUGUAAAAACUAUAUUGAAAUAAAUAAAAAAGUUUGUAUCCCACA